AUGCCCUCGUCCACAGUUUUUUCAUAUUGGCGCCGCGACCAUCGCCGCUCAACCGCGCCGUCAGCGUCCUUGCCAGGUCCAUCGCCAGCUCCUCCAGGUGCAGGAGAAAGCCCACUUAGUCCUCCACGGCUCCCCGAGAUCCCAGGUUACCCCACUUUCACAAGCGCGUUCGGCAGAAACUCUUCAUACGAUGCUUCAACCUGGAGCAGCUCCCCGUUGGAGAACGAUGCCGCAAAGCUGAACAUUACCUCCUCUACCGCGCCGCUAUCUUCCUCCGUUAGCCUUGCUGUCCGGUCGCCGUCGGCUGAGAAAGAGAAUCGCCCCCACUCGAGUCCGGAAGAGCUUGUCCCAGAACCAGCUUUUACGUCGCUGGCCAACAAUUCACAGCUUGAGGUGACGACAUCGCGGCCGGACCAGGGUGACGUGGAGUCUAAUUUCAAGCCCACGUCGCCAUUUCGUCUAUCAAUUGGGAAAGGGUUGCGUAAUCUGCAGACGCCGACCUCCGAGAAUCAGAAGCGGUCGCCAACGGCGGGAUUGGGGGCCAGUCAGUUCCGAUUGAAAACCUCGCCGGAGGAAGUCGUGGUGGAAAAUACAAAUACAGUGCAGAGGGAGGCUAGGCAGGAUGGUGGCGUGUCGAGACGAAUUGCAGACCGAGAAGUUGUGGCGGAGCAUGUCCAUCACAAAUCAGGCAAAGCAAUGCUCCAUCUUUUGAAUCCCAUGUCGCUUCUUGCGCGUCGACGGUCUUCGCAGAUUGGUAGCUCUCGCGUUGAGGAAACCAAGCUGAGUGCGCCUAACUUGAUACCCAUUCCGGAUGACUACGACCCCAGAAUUCGUGGAAAGAUUAUUCAUGACUUUUCCGCUCCUCGGGCUCGACGAAAUGUGUCUGGGAAUUCCACGACGGUUGAUGGAAAAGGCCAAAAUACAUAUGAUUCAUCGCUGCAAAGUCCAUCCAGUCCUUGGAGUGACAGGUCGAAACGAAACAGUGAUCACUCGCCCGUAUUUAAGGAGCAUUUUGAGGAUGACCAGAAAGUUCUUCACGUUGAGAAUAAGGGUUAUCUCCAGUCAUCCUUACUGACCAACCCAGCUCAACCAGGUUACGAGAAGUCAAUCCCAGUGUUUGCGAGGAGAUUUCCUUCUACAGCCCCGGACGACAGCUUAGAGACCGACAAAAAUGAGAACUUCCACGCAGAACUUCCCGGAGAUGGUCCAGUAGAGCUUCCUGCAGAUGUUCCGCUGGAAUAUACAACAUAUUCACCAAAGGAAGACUCGUCGGCAAGUCAAAAGGAUCAAGAUAUUAUUCCUAAGGUACAUCCUGCAGGUUUGCCUAAGCAUCUCAAGAGCAAUGCUUCUUCAAGGUUCAGCUUUGAUAUGGGUGGUGUUGAAUCUUCCGUGCAAGAGAAGCUCCUCGAAGAAAAACACAAGGCGAAGGAAGCUGCAAGAAGACAGGACGAUGGAUACUUCGAUGACUUUGAUGAUGAAUUCGAUCAUGAUAUGAUCGAUGACAUGGAUGACCUCGAAGAGGAGAUACCAGAAAUCGGUGCUGACUAUGACGAAGACUAUACUCCUGCAGUUUCUCGGGAUAUAAAUGGUGAACUAAAAUCCUGGGCCGCCCCUGGGCUUUCACCUGUAGUUGCAAGUCCGAUUACGCCUGCGCCACCCUCUGAACCUCCGAUCGACACCGCGGGUGCCGAUCCUUCUCUUGUGGCGGGCAUCAACCCAAAUUUCAAUCAAGAUCAAGUGAUACCAGUAGGAAGCCAAGUGCCUCAAGGCCACCAUAUGACAGAGAAUAUUCAAGAGCACCCCGAUGAUCAGAUGCAGACAAUCGUUGAUAAUGAUGACAUGUAUUUUGACGAUGGUGAAUUUGACGAGCUUACCGCUGAGGAUCAGGAUGGCGGUUUUGAUGAAUCUAUCUUUGAUGACGAAACGAGUCAUUUAUACGAAAGAAGAAAGGUCUACAAAGAUGCUACCCAGAAAUCCGAGACCAUCCCCGAAGAAGACGAACUCGUGGAAAAAGACAUUCUGCUCGAGGAGAAUGCCCGCCAAGGCCUUAAGCAUAUGCCAAGUGUGGCAAGUGAAUACCAUGUCGGGUCCAUCAAGCGUGGACCGCUUGGUGAGCCCAUACCCAACAUGGGGCCUGCUCGGGCUCAUGGUGGUGUGCUCACGGAGCAAAACCUGGAGGUAUUACACAAUGCCCUGGAAUUUGCAGCAAAUGAAGCGGCCACCCAGGCCCAAUUCGAACGCACUUACAGCACAAGUGAACGGUCUAUGGGACAAGACAGUAUACCACAGACAUCCCAUACCGGCGAUUCGCAGCCGGGAUUGGUGCCGGAUGAUAGCCGUCUCAGCCAAGGAGCAGAUAUAAUGGGUUUCGACGAUGUCUUUGAUGAUGAUAUAUAUAAUGAUGAUGCGUACUACGAUGAUGCUAUCGUUGCUGCAGCCAAUGCUGAAGCGCUGGAGAAUGACGACGAGGGUUUCUACGGCCAAGAAUUCGGCUUUUACGCGCAGGCCCAUGGUGCCUCUGAGCUCACGAACGGCGGCUACUUUGGCCCGCGAGGAGUCGAAGGGAUUAGCCGUAGCUUUAGCAGUCGUGGGAAGUUCCAAGAACCCAGCCUGACUCCUAUCACCGAACGCAGUGAAUGGAGUACCCGCAACUCCGUCAUUUCAUUGAAGGCACACGGUGGUACCCAUUCAAACCCCUCGCUUGCAAGCCCAGGCUUGGCCCAGCUGGUCGACAUGGGCAACUUGGACGACGAGAUGACACUGAGUGCCCUCCUGAAGCUGAGACGGGGUGCCUGGGGUGGAAGCAACGGCAGUCUUCGCAGCAGCGCUGGUAGUCCGCCGCCUCAUACCCUGGCAUCCUCAAACCGCGCUAGCUUUACUGGACCCCCGGAAGCUGCUAGUCCUUCCGAGGCUCGGCAUUUUGCCGACGAGGGUGUAGUAGGUAUGAUCGAACACCAUGAGGACUCCCCCUUUUCGACUUCACCGCUCAAAGUUACUGAGCUGGGGAAAAGAGCCGAUCUCCCGCAUAGCGGAACAGGCGGCCCGAUCUACGCAGAUAUCGAGGAGGAAAUGCCGAUGUUCGGCAACCACCUCAACGUCUUGUAA